AUGGGCUGGCUGAACUCGUCUGAUGCUGCAGUCCUCGAAUGCCCCGAGAAGUACUGGGUUUCAGGGAUUUUUCAUCAGAAAAAAAACUUAUGUGCUUUAAAAGCCUGCUGCGGAUCCCAGGAAAACAAGAAAAGAAAGCGUACAGAAGAAGCGGAGAAAGUGUCAGAAGACCAGUGCUCAUCUGUCGUACAAGAACCUCCUGUAAAAGCAAAGAAAGCCCGAAAGAAGGAACUUUCAAAAGCAGAGAAAAAACUGGCAAACAGAGAGAGUGCUUUGGAGCGGGCAGAUGAAGAGGAGGAGCAAAAACUGUUUCAAAGCAAAGCGAAGCAAAAAAAAGGGGCUUCUCAUGCCAUCACCAAAAGUGUUGUUAAUUCAGAUACAGGCACUGCUGUAAAACAACAGAAAAAACAGGUGGCUGAUGAAACGGUAAACAGAAGAACAGUGUUUGUUGGAAACUUGCCUGUCAACUGUACUGUUCAGGCGCUGAAAUCUCUUUUUAAAGGGUAUGGACAAAUAAAAUCCAUUCGAUUCCGGUCUUUGGUUCCAGCAGAAGAUACUUUAUCCAAAAAGUUAGCAGCAAUAAAGCAUAAAGUGCACCCUAAUGCGAAGUUCGUUAAUGCUUAUGUUGUAUUUAAGGAAGAAUGUGAUGCCAUUAAGGCUUUAAAUGAAAAUGGAACAGAAAUUGCUAGUGGAUUUCACAUCAGAGUUGACAUUGCGUCAAAAACCAGUUCGCAUGACAAUAAACGAUCUGUAUUCUUGGGAAAUCUCUCAUAUGACAUCGGUGACGAUGCUGUGCGAGAACACUUUUCUGUCUGCGGAGGUGUAGUAGCAGUGCGAAUUGUGAGAGACAGAAAGACCGGCUUGGGUAAAGGCUUCGGCUACGUUCUCUUUGAGAAUACGGACGCUGUACACCUUGCUCUGAAACUCAACGACUCUCUUCUGAUGGGAAGAAAGAUACGAGUGAAGCGCUGCGGGGAGAAGUGGAAAGCGCCGCAGAAAAGUCCCGAUGGGUCUCGUGCUCCUAAGGACAGAGUUGAUACCACGUUAAAAAACAAGAGGCGCUCUGAUGAUUCAUUUGUUGGUGAAAAAGCAGUCCCGUUAAAGAAGAGCACUAAACCGAAAAGACUAAAAACUAUUCCUAGAAAUAAAGCCGGGAAAAACGAACAGGCUUCUGAUAAAAACCGAACGUAUAAAAGCGUUCGUUAUUGUUACAAAGAUUGAUGUGCGCAAGGGAGUUCUGCCAUAAAUGGUUUGCUAACACA